AUGACUGCAUGUUCGACUGCACAAUCUUGUAUCUUGUUGACGGUCGAAGCCCAGCUCAGGAUUAAUAGCAACAUUCGCAAUGAACAAGAAUACAUUUUGUCCGAAUUGAGUCACACCUCAUCUGAAAGCGAUCCCUUUGCUGCAGCCGAGAUUUAUAAUCCGGAAGAUCCGGACUAUCAUCAAACUUGUGAAGUUAAAAGCUGUAAAGGAGAUGUGUUCAGUUCCUGCUUUCAAUACUCAAUUUUGUUAUGUUGGAAGCAUUUUGAAGAUGAUACCCUAUCCUGCCAGGACGGACACAGGACAGUACAGAGCAGUGUACUUAGCAAAGAGAAACAGGAAGAGAGGCGCCCUGAAGAUUUUUUUGUAGAAGGUUCCCAGGCAGAAGGUGAUAGGAAAAAAAAGUCAAAGAACAUAAAAGAAGAAUUGCAAAAACGUUGA